GAGAGGAGCAGUUCAAAAGCGCAUGGGAUGUCACGGACGUCAGGCCUCUGUAGCUGUCACCGCUCCGCUCUAUCAUGAUCAACACUUACCAGACCAGCCUGGCUCCACCACCGGUGCCUCCACGCAGCAGAUCCCAGCCGGUCCUCAUCCCAGCUUCACUUCCAUCGCAGGGCCACAGCAAGGUUCUCAUCCGGUUCUUGGUUGGCGUAGUGGUGCUGCAUUUAUUUCUUUCACUUGCAGGAUUCUUCUACCUGUACUACCAUGAACAUAUGGAAAAACAUUUCUCAGCAGAAGAUACAGGUCGAUGGCCCUCAUCUCAAAAACAGGAAAUGGACAAACAGGACACCAUCUAUAAAGUCUUAGCACGCAUGGCCGUUAAGAGAACUGCAGACAAGAAAAUAUCGGGUUGUCUUCAGUGGGACACGACGCAUUCUGUUCUUAGAGGCAUCAACUAUUAUGAACAGAUUUGGCUGACUAUUCCAGAGACUGGUUUUUACUACGUCUACUCCAAAGUGACCUUCUCCAAGGGCGAUUCUAAGGUCCCACUAGCCAGCAAGGUCCAGCUGAGGAAGAAUGAGGCAGCUACAUCUAUAGGGGAUGUAAUGAAGGCCUACUGCUACCUGGAGAGCACAAAGAAUCCUCACAUGUGCACAGCCACUCAGGGAGAUCUGAUCCUACUGGAGAAAGGAAACCAACUGAGUCUCUGGGUACAAGACCCCUCACUGGUGGACUAUGAAGAAGGCGCAACAAACUUUGGGAUAUACAAACUAUAAGACUCAUACAUGGACACAUGCAUAGAAAAAAGCUGAAGAGUGGGAAUCUCAUGGAUUUAUCUACAAAAACACUUUUGAAUUGGCUGGCUCAAACAUCUUCGUGGAUUAGUUUGGAUUUGAGAGACAUAAUUUAUUAUACAAGAUAUUUUUGGGGUUAUUUUUGUUUUUGUAUUGUUUAGCAAAAUGUUGUAUUUAUUGAUGUAAAUAGACUGUGAAAUGAAACUGAUAUUUAAUCUGAAA